AUGGACAAAGAGCAGCAGUCAGAGAAUUCGAGAUCACCCCUGAAGAAAACAAAACUAGUUAAAAUCGAGAAAAAGAAACGUAUUGGGUCUCCCUUGCCUCAGCAAGCUGAAAAGAAAAGAAAAUCAUCUUCCCCUAGAGUUGCUGAAGAGGAGAUGUUCAAAUGUGAAUGCCGCUACUGCCAAGCUUGUAUGGGGACUACGUCCGGAGUCUCUGUGGGGACCAGGACAGAAGCAACCUCUCAUUCACCCUUCUCAGAAAAACUGAUACAAGACUUCCAUAACCUGACACUCAACCCUCGUUCCACCCAGCCCCCUGUUCUGCCAGAAGCAAUGCAGACAAGUGAAAACAAAUUGAAUUUUCAGCGGAAAAACAAAAAGGGGUUUCAAAAGGUUCUCCCCAAAUGGACAGAAUAA